AAAAAAUACCAAGAUGGCGCGAAAGCUCAAAAGCGAAAUGUGCUGAAGGCAAGAUGUCCUUAUCAAAAUUUGGGCCACGCACCCGUUCACUUCGUCAAUCUCCGUGGAUUGUCAACAGUAUUUGCAGUCCAACACGGAAACACAAGGGUCAAACCAUCGAUGUGAUUAGACAUGUGGAGACAACGGCUGAUGGCAGUAUGGUGCGAGAGGUGGCGGAUGGGGAUGUUAUCAUCCGGGCAGUGUUCUCGGCGGAGGCAGUGGAGAAGUUCAGGAAGGAACAGGAGGAUUCUGACAGCUGCCCAUUAGACUGGAACCAGGCCCUCCUGCUGGUUGUCGAGUACCACACGGAAUUCCGACCCCACAGGAAUCUGGCGCAGUGCGAGUUUGUUCUUCAUAUCAACCUGUUCAGGCUCUGGGAUCUCCAGGAAGGCUUCCAGAGGAAACACAGACUCGUCCACUGCGAGGCAGAUGCGAGAAUACAGAAGAAAACCAAGGAACUAUGGGAAGAAAAACAAAUUGAAUGGCAGAGAGAAGAAGAGCAGAAAAAUUCAAAACCAACAACAUCCCAUUUAUCACAGCAUAACGAGUCGGUGGCCAGUGUUACUCUCACACAGCUACUGGAAGAAAUGGCCAAAGACGAUGCACAUAAAGAAACAACUAACGAAGAAAUGCAUGGGGAAAUGGCUACGCAGGGAACUCAAAACAUGAUGACCAGACAAGGGACGAAAGAAGGGACAACCAGACUGUAUAGACAAGAGGAAACGUCUGAGCAGGAUAAGACGAAGGAAUUGGCGGGACAAGAUAAACAGAAUGACAACACAAGGCAGGGAAGACAGGAGAAAACACCCAGUCUGACAACACAGAACGAGACCUCUGGCAACAGGGAAAUUUCCAAUAACCAGGAUCUGAGGAGACCCUUCAUAAUUGCCGAGCUUUUAAUACCAGAACAUGAGCGACUCAUUUUAGAGGAAAUUGCAGAAUGGAAAGAAGGUUACAUGCCGCCAGAGACGAGUGUGACUGCCAGUUCUGAGGAGGUGGGCUCAAGUGAUAAGAUUGAAAGCUACGUGCGUCACACACUGAUCGAUGAUGUGUCGAGCAUGGAGACGUUGGGUCGGCCAUCACCACCGAAAAAAGGUAUGCAUAUAUCAGAUGAAUCAAUAGGCUGUAAUGAUUUUUCCUGUGUUUUGGAGGGGGAAAAUAGGAUUUCCAAUUUCCAGGAGGCAUCUCCUGGAGGUGGUGCGGGUCAUGGCAGUACACAGCGAGUCGGAAGGUCUGCCACCUCUCCUGAACAGUGUCAUGGUUUCACAAAUUCUACACGGCAAAAUGCCUCCGAAGCAUCGAUUGAAAAUCUGACUGAAAAUGACACGGGACAUAAUGUUGUUAAAACCGUGAACACAAUUCUUGGAUUGACUGACGUGCAACCGGAAAAUAUUCCCUCCCAAACAGAAAAUUCAUGUCAGAAUUUGAAUGAUUCAGGACCAUUUAUAAUGAUGUGUGAUAUUCCGGAGUCACAGGGAUUCAUCCCAUGUGUGUCCCCAGAGAACGGAUCCUCUUCUGAUACAAACAGAGGAAAGGUCGCUAUUUUGGAUGAGACUGUCACACUGACUCAACACAGUAAAUCCUUGGAAGCUUUAGAUGUAGAGGAAGAGAAAAGACUAGAAAAACUGGCCACACCCAGUAAAGGUUUCCCCGGCUGUAAUGUAACGAUACCAGAGAGGACCGAGCAACAAUCAACUACAAAACAACAGGACAGACAUAUCGGGGAUAGUGACGGAGACCGGACAGACGAUGAACUCGUUGCAAUAAAACAUAAAGCGAGGGUCAAAAAAAUACCGAGAGAAGAAACACCGUAUUCUUCUUCCCAAACAGACAGUGAACCCGACAAUCAGGUGAAGAGGCGCCGCCUCACUUUCUCAGUGGCUAAAUUAGGAAGCAGUUCCUCAUCUCCAGGAAGCAAGAGAAAAGGAAAUGUGAUCGGCAAAGACAUUUCUUGCCAACAAAGUCCUGAAAUGAGAAAUCAGACUGAAGAUGUGGUGCAGAAUUCCCCAGAGCCUCAGGUAUUGGAACACGCUGUGUCAGGGCUCAGGGGGAGCAGAUCACAGGGAACUGUGAAAAAGCGCCAUGUGACAGGGAAAACACCAACUGAUAAGGACUCGGUCACUGAGGCUAUCAUCAUUAACAGUAGCCAGGAGAGUAUUUCUUCUGGGGACAGCCCUUCAGUUUUAAAGUCUACAAAGAGAAAAAGAAAACGGGACCUGGACGACUGGACUUGUCAUUCCCUGCCAUCCUAUCAACCACCAAAACUCAGCCAAUCAGAGAGCCCGUCUCUCCAGCCUCAAUCUAGCCUAUCACAGAACCUGUGUUUCCCACUGUCGGACACUACCCUCGCAGACAAGGCCAUGCUGCUUGCCUCACUUACAGACCUGACGGCACCCACAGAAUUAGGACAAAAAUUACUAGCUCUGAAAUUUUCCGACAGGCUUGUAAACCAGAUGGUGGAUUUCUACACACAUGGAUAGUGUGGGAUGUUUAACUAGAAGCCAUAGCAUGGAUUUUGAACUUGAUCUCUGCAGUUUUAAGCAAGGCAAUGUUUAUGGUGCAGUUUUUAAUCAAGCGACAUUUUGUGAUGAAACAUUAAUAUUUGAUACAAAAAAAUAACUUACCUUGAUUAAAGUAGGAAUGAACCACAAACAUUCUACAUACAUGUAUAUGCUUUAAAAUCUAUAUUUUUACCUAACACAAAGUUAAUCUGGUACAUAUGUAUAUAUAUUUAAUACAUUGAAUCUGGAUUGUUAAAUGAGAUAUUAUUUCUGUGAAAAGUUUUGAUAACAUUUUGUUGAAAAUAUUGUUUUUAUAUGUCUGCUUUUGUUUGCGCACACACACACACACACACACACAUGUAUUUUUUAUUAUCUUCCAUUACUGUUGAGUAAGAUUUAAUAGAUUGCAUCCUUUACCAUCAAUCUCACCAACAUAGCUGUCGGUGGGUGUGUUUUGUACUUUUGGCAUUAGUCUGGUUAAAAUCAUGUUAAAACAAUGACAUCAACUUUAAGAGAUAAGAUAUUUUAUUCAACUUCAUUUCUAGAACUAGACUUAAAAAUCACAAAAUUUGAAUUAGUAUUGAUCAUGAUGUUUGUUGCAAAUGAUAUUUUUUUUACAUUUUUUGACAGGAAUUCACUGAAGUGUUUAGUUGGUAUUCAUAGUCACGUGAAUGCCAACUGAAAAUCACAAGUUCCAAAUUUGUUAAAAGUGAAAUUCAUUAUUUACCAUUUUGAAAUAUUUUGAUAUAAUACAAAAUCAGAAGAAUCCAACAAAAUUCAGCUUUUGAUAAAUUUAUUGUUUGAUAAAAAUUAAAAGUAAAGAAAAGAAAACAACCAUCUUAAGUAAAGAAAAGAAAACAACCAUCUUCUAAUGGGAGCAAAUGGUAGCCAAUGCCACACUUAUGUUGUCACAGUUAAUAAUUAUGAUGUCGAAAAUUGGGUCGUGGCAUUCUGAUAUGAGUGCCAUCUGAACUUGGUAAGGAAAUGUAAUGACACUACAUGACAAUAGUAAGAUACUGUGUGUUAACAAUUCAUAUGUCAGACCAGGAUUUAGUUAUCAAACCGAAAUGAAAAUCUAGCAUGUGUAUAAUGCUUUACUCAGCCAAUAGACUUUUGCUACACGAAAAGAGGUUUAACAAGCAAUUUUACUGUAAUUCACCUGUAUUUCAUGGGAUAUUUAUUUAUGCAAAAAUGCACAAUGAGAGUAUACGAUUAAUUCAUAUUUAUAUCACAAUUGUUUAUACAUUUAUACAUACAUAUAUAUACAUGUGUAUACUCAAACAAUGGUAGUAUUUUUACUGUCACACCCGAGGCUCUGGUUGAGAUUUGCCUGUCUGUAUUAUGCAGUCAUCACAGAUUAUUUUUCUCCUUAACAUUUCCUGGUUCAAGAAAGCUAUAUUGUCAAACUAGUGCUACAUGUACCACAUUUGCACACAUGUGCCAAAAUUGAUGCCAUGCAUGCUAUUUUGAUAUUGUUAUUCUGCAUAACCAGACAUUUUAUCCUAUCAUUAAGAGAUGAGUCAUGCGACUAAAAUAAACACAUGUAUCAGGUGUUUUUUUCUAAAUAUAGUGAAAAAUUUAUAUAUUUUUUCAAUGUCUGGAAUGGUUAUUAAACCUGUUUAUUGUAGAAAAACAUGAUUUCUGAAACAGAAAAGUAUCAUAAAUUGUUUUUUUAAUUCAAUUGUUCAGAACCUGGUUGAUGAAAAUGCUGUUUAUGUUAAUUUUAUAAGUACAGUCCAUUGCCUGUCUCAGAUUUUGACAUAUUUUAUAUUACACAUUUGUAUUUAUAAUGAUACUUUGGAAUUCACCAGGGAGGCAUGUUUUGACUUGGUGUAUUGUUGAUGAAUUGUCACUUAACCCUUUCACCCCUAUGCAACUUUAGUAGACUCUCCCAUUCAUUGAUCUGGAUGAGUCCAUUAU